UAUGCCAUUUUAGCCCUAUUCAAUUUUAGGGUUUAGUUCUCCUUUAACAAACCAGUGAAGUCUCAGCGGCAAGAGAGGUGACUUUUGGUGCAUUGUUUCAAGAGUCAGAGCAAGCGGUGCAGAAUGGGAUAAACAUUGUCACUUGUUGUUAAUCAUAGAAUCUCAUUUUGUCCCAUGAACAGCCAUGACUGUAAGCAGUGGGGGCAACGUGCUGGUUCCCGGUUAUCUCUCCGGUGUAAUAUACGACCUGUUGGAGGGCCUGUACCAGUACAUCGACUCUGCCCGACUUUCCAACGUCCCUUUCUACUUCAUCUCACCUGUAGCCAACAGCUCCUUGGAGUUUUCCCAGAUCUUCGCAGAGUGGCUGUGCCAUAAUAAGCAGACCAAGGUGUACCUCCCAGAGCCUCCCUUUCUGCACGCUGAAGUAGGUAGUUCUUUUCUAUUAACCUGUAUUUGCCUGUCUGUUAAGUGACUGAAUGUAGUUAAUUCACCGCACAUCUGUCAGUCAACCUUAGACUACACUGGUGCUGCAGGCUCUCUAUUUGUCCGGCUAAGUACAGUAGAGAAGCCGCACACAAACACUUAUAUGUAGUUGUGCAGUUUAUCCCAUUUGUUCAACCAACAAGUAUUAACGUUUUCAGGGGGAGGGGGUACAACCCUCCCUUUGUCAGGAUCCUGAUCCCUAAUAUAAGCAGCAGUCCUGUCCUGCUUUAUGGCAGCUGAGAUUCUAGCUAUCUGUAUAACAGAACAUUCUG